CCACAAAUUAUCAAACAUCAACGGGGUAGACGUACGCUCGCGCGCGGACCUUUCCUUCCUCGUGAUUUUUUCUCGUAUCACCUCGAAAACGUUUUAUCAUUAACUGCCGACGCUGAAAAACCCGUUCCUGCUCGGCCAUGUUUGUCGUGGCAAACGUUUCACCGACUAAAUCCAUCGUCUACCAUGCCGCCUUUUGGAUACGUAUUCUUCGACGCCUCGUUCAACCACCAAAGAAAAUUUACGCUACAAUAUUAUCACGGUUCAAGUUUUGUGCUUUCCGAUGUGGUUUAAUUAAGGUGCCUCCUCUUCCCUUCGACUAUUUGCGAUAGCAUCGGUGAAAUCGCCAAACCCGUGCAAGGUCUUUCAAGCAGCAUACACGGACGACGUAGCCCUCGAUUACCGCCUGCCCUCGAGUAUAUCUCCUCUCUCUCUCUCCCUCCCUCCCUCCCUCUCUCUUUCUCUCUCUCUCACUCUCUCACUCGCUUGCUCACUCUCUUUUUCGUUCUCUCUCUCUCUCUCUCUCUCUAUAUAUAUAUCUCACUCUUGCAUUCUAUUGCGUUCCAUCAUUUAUGCCUCCUCUCUCUUUCUCUCUCUCUCUCUCUCUCUCUCUCUCCUUCUCUCUCUUCUUCUCUCUCUCGCUCUCUCCCCCUCUCGUUUUCCCCCUCUUUUUCCUUGUAUAUCAUGCACCUCGCGUCUAUCUCUCGAUCCCGCACGUGGGUUUAAUCCGGACUUCUUCAAGAUGUACGCCACGUUGGCGUUUCAAAACAUCGCAAAACAUAGUGAUGAUGAUGGUGAUGAUGAUGAUGAUGAUGAUGAUGUGAAAAUUUGAAAUGGAACAAUUGGGAGAAGGACAAGCCGUCGUUGUUGGGAGUACUGGUGGAACGGUACAAGUCGUUCAAAUGGGACAAGGAGGACAAGCUAUGAUGUUACCUCAAGCUAUACAAGUAGCAGCUCCCAAUGGACAGAUUCAAGUAGUUCCUGUUUCCAGUCUUACUAAUACUGGCCAACAGAUUGUUAUACAACAACCUCAGACCCCACAAAUUAUUCAAACUCCAGACGGACAGACUUAUAUUUAUCAACCUGUACAGAUAGAAGGCCAGGUUCAACAGGCUCAACCUACCGUUAUAAAUAUCAAUGGGAACCUCAUGCAAAUAGCUGGUACAACUUCACAAACUGCAACAGCAACUGCAACAGCAGCACCUGUACAACCAUUAGCUAGUCCCACAGCAACAGCUUCGCAAGCAGGCAAUGUAGUUAUGAUGGUACCAGGAAAUAGCGGGCAAACACAAUUUCAAAGAGUAGCAUUACCAAAUGCAGAAUUCUUAGAAGAAGAACCUCUGUAUGUGAAUGCCAAACAAUAUAGACGCAUAUUAAAAAGGCGUCAAGCACGAGCCAAAUUAGAAGCAGAAGGAAAAAUUCCAAAGGAAAGACCUAAAUAUCUUCAUGAAUCUCGUCAUCAACAUGCAAUGAAAAGAAUUCGUGGCGAAGGUGGUCGUUUCCAUUCGGGUCAAGUAAAGAAACGGAAGUAAGUGCCUGUGUAUUAUAAAAAUUUGAACCUGUCUCUCUUCAAUGAAGUAAAUAGUGUCCAACUAUGCGUACAAGGACGUAAUGGUUCUGGUAAAACGAAUGAAAAAUUUCAUAAUCAUUCAAUUCAAUCAACAUCGAAUCUUAUUGAUUACUGGAACAGAAUAGAAAGUGUUAAAGUAUCAUACAAAACUUGGUCAUCUAGAACUAUAGGAAUGUGCAUUCUUCUUGUAUACACUCAUAUUGGUACCAAAUGUGAAAUUAACGAAGUAAAUAAUGUUACUUCGAGAUAUAUGUGUGUGUGUUUAACGUUCGAAGAGAUAUUAUCAAGUUUAUUACUUAUAAUUUUUCUAUGAUAUUUAAUUGUAACGAUGGAAAAAACGAAAGUCUGAUUAAUUAAUUCAGUGAUACAUCUGAAAACAAUACCAAUCUAUCUAUCUGUCUAUCUAUCUAUAUAUAUAUAUAUAUAUAUAUAUAUAUAUAUAUAUAUACAUACAUAUAUAUAUAUAUAUAUCUUUCUCUCUCUCUUUCUCUCUGACGAUCUGCCCAUUGUAGAUAUUUAUUUAAAAGUAGAUUGAAAGAGAGAGAGAGAGAGAGAGAGAGGGAGAGAGAGGGAAAGAGAGAUGCGGUGUUAUGGUGAACUGAAGUGAUUAAAACGUAAUGAGUCAAUAAUGAAAUUGUACUCAUAUAUUUCUAACUAAAUACAUCUUCGAACAUGUAUGCUCGCUCUUGUAAAUAAAUAUCUUUCUCUCUCUUUUAACACAAUGGAAGGUCGAAUAAAAACUUCGCUUUCAUUAGAAUUUGUAUAUAUACUGAGGAACAAAACAAAAACAAAAAUAAAACAAAAAAGACAGAAAGGCAAGAAAUAAUAAAAUGCGAUGUUUAUGUCUGUAA